CAGGGCUCAGCAGAUUUCGUAACAAUUUCUCUUUGAGUUUGAGAACAACCAUAAUUUUCUGUCAACCUUUCUCCAGUUGUUUUGAGUUCUGUUGUCUUUCUCUGGCCAUCUUCUCGCUGAGAUUCUUGUGUGGAGGCUGCAUUAACCCAACGAAAUAGCCGUAGAAGCCCACACCUUGGAUAAUUGUCUUGUACAUUUUACUCCAAAACUUUCUCAAGAUUAGUAAGAAAUUAAUUGGAGGAGUUCACUCAAUUGGUCUUACCUUGCGCCGAGUCUGAAGAGUAGAGAAAGCAUGGCAGAUUUCCACGUUGACAUCGUUCCCGCUGACCAGCUACGGACGUUUGAGAGUAGCUACUUCACCGAGAUGGAAUGCAGCGGUGCGGCCAGCACGCCGACCCAGUUCAACUACGCGUUUGGCCUGGUGCACGCGCAGCGCAGGGAGGACAUCAGGAAAUCCAUACCGCUGCUGCAGUCUUUACUGCGCCCUGGCACGGAUCACCGCGACUUUAUCUACUACCUGAGUCUGGCAUACUACCGGCUGGGGGAGCAUGACAAGGCCCUUGCUUAUGUCAAGAGAGUCCUCGCCAUGGAGCCGAACAACAAACAGGCACAGAAUCUACAUGAUUCUAUUCAGAAGACGCUCAAAACAGAGGGUGCUCUAGGGAUGGCGAUCGUAACGGGUGGUGUUGCUAUCGGUGUGGGCCUGGUGGCCAUCGUAGCUGGUGCGUUGAUCCGCCGAUAAGAGCAACACAUGGCUGGCAUGUGGACACACAUCCCUAGUAUGCUUUGUCUGAGGCAAGACCUACAUUGUAUUGCUGCUGGACCUAUGUCAGGUGAUUGCCAUGCUCUCUGACCACUCCACUCCUUAGUUCUGCGCGGCAUUUCGCUAGCUAGCUGCCAUCUCGUUGUUCCGCACGGGCCCUGAUUCUCCUGUUUCCGCUAUCGCUGCUUCGUCGCUGUCGGCUUGUUU